AUGAACGUCCGUAGUCAACUGUUACGAAAAACACACAACUCAUUUCGUUUUGGGAGUGGCCAUGUGUUGACACUGACUGAAGAUCAAAUCAACAAAAUACCGUAUCUAGCUGCAUUUGUGUCUUCUGCCGAUUUCUUUGAAUAUGCACGCGAUGGUCAAGGUUAUUUCAUUAUUCAUCCCAAAAUCGAUCUCGAGUCGUUUCGCUUCAUCUUAGACUGGUUUCCAUACCGCCACAUUCGAGAUAUUUUCAUUCAUCUACCUGAAGACUACGAUCCGAUAUUAACCAUUCUUCAUAUGGAUUACUUUGGUCUUCUCAUCCACCGAGAUCCAUCUUUGGAUGAAGUUGAUGUGUCUUUUUUCGACAUCGUCACCUACAGUCCCUUGAACAAUUCGUACGUCGAAGUUCAUCGGCCAUCGCAAAUGUGCGACAUGGCUGUUCGAUUUGCCAUCGCACUCGUUAGAGAAGCGUAUGACUCGACUGAUGACAAAGUGCAUGAGCGAAUCUAUUGGUACCUUAUGUUCAUCACAAGUGCUUUUAGAUUGUUCCAUCAAAAUGUGCGUCGUCAUGUGUUUAAGGUGGCUAAACGUUAUUUUCGUUUGUUCAAGCCGUGCUUGAUUAGGCGUCUGAAUCGACUUCAAAGUAGUCAAGAUAAAUAUGUGCGAAUGAAUCGAAGAGACCUCAAUAAUACAUUUAGCGAAUGGAAGCAAGCAGAAGAGAAGAACUUCAAAUCACUGAUUGACAGUCAUAUUGCCCCAAAAUCAUCUUAUUUUUNAUCACUAACCUCAGUUUCCUAUCGCGACCUUUCUACUAUACGAGAGAGCAGGAAAAACCGACAGAUUGCUCGCCAUAUUAUCGAACAAACAAUGCUUUGGAAUCUGUUUGCAAAUGAAGUUUCAAAAGAAGAGACACAAUACCUUAUCAUGGACGGAUUAUCUCAUUUGAAGUUAAAACUUGAACAGGAACAUCGCCAAUUAAUCCACGAGAUACAGACACUUCAAGCAGAGAGAGAGGACGUACAUACCGAUAAUAACUGGUGGUUUUUCUCUUUGCAGUCACGGUCUUCUUCUGAAUUCGAGAGAAAGCAACUAGAAGCAUUGGCGCACGAGCAGCUAUUAGACGAAGUCAAUGAACCAUCAAUGAUUAUUGCAAAAAUACGUGAACAUUUGCUUACAAAGUUGAAUGAAGCUGCUGUGAAUCAAGUCACGGGAUGGGUUAAAAAUACAUAUGAAGUAUAUAAAUUUGGUCCGAGUAUUGCGAGAUUCGAUGUUUUACAUCCUGACUCUACGCUCUACACGAAGCAAGGGUCACGCAAUCGACAUCACACGUUCAAGCCAACACCCACAAAACAGUUGCAUUUUUUCAGAAAUCGCUUUCGUUAA